GUGUAAAUGAGAAGGCAGUAAGGAUGUGGAAUAUGUAGAUCAAGGAGCAGCAUGUAGGUUGGUCAGGCCUUACCCUUAUGGGUGUAAUACAUCCCCAAAAUUUUGGCAGAUAUCCAGGUUUUUCUCUGGUCUGUCUAGGAUGCCAUUUGCUCCUGAAAGGAUGUUAUCUGCGACCAUUUGUAAACAGUAAUCAAAGUGAACGUGUGUGGAAGGUAUCAAAAUGAAGGUGCUCUAUUUGUACUGUUUACAAAAAAACCCUAUGGUUACUAUCCACUGGAGGAUGUCACGAGCUGUUCAGCUUCCAAUCCCCUGCCCUGUGCAGCUUGGUUCAUUAAGGAAUGACUCUCUGGAAGCUCAGUUCCAUGAAUAUGUCAAACAAGGAAACUAUGUUAAAGUGAAAAAAAUUCUGAAGAAAGGAAUUUAUGUUGACACUGUAAAUUCUCUGGGCCAGACAGCACUUUUCACUGCCGCAUUGUUAGGUCUUCCCAAAUUAGUUGAUGUCCUGGUCGAUUAUGGAUCAGAUCCAAAUCAUCGCUGCUUUGAUGGAAGUACACCUGUCCAUGCAGCAGCAUUUUCCGGCAAUCAAUGGAUCCUCAGCAAACUGUUAGAUGCAGGUGGUGACUUGAGACUCCAUGAUGAAGAUGGCAAAAAUCCUCAGAGCUGGGCUUUGUCUUCAGGGAAGGAGAGAAGCACUGCGAUGGUGGAGUUCAUGCACCGAUGUGCCUCCCACAUGCAGGCAAUCAUUCAGGGAUUUUCUUAUGAUCUGUUGAAGAGGAUUGACUCUCCACAGAGACUCAUCUGUAGCCCAUCCAGAUUUGGCAGCCUGAUGCAUGGAAACCCUGACAACUCCCCUAAUCGCCUGCUCAAACCUGGAGUUGUUUCUUCCAAAAACAUCUACAGCUUUGGUUUUGGGAAGUUUUAUCUCACAGGAGGGACCCAGCUGGCUUAUUUGGGAUCUCUCCCAGUCAUUGGAGAAAAGGAAGUGAUUCAAGCAGAUGAUGAACCAACCUUCUCUUUCUUCAGUGGUCCCUACAUGAUCAUGACAAAUCUCAUGUGGAAUGGCAGUAGAGUCACUGUGAAGGAACUCAACUUUGCAACUCACCAGAACUGCAGUAAGCUCCGGUUUGCAGACUUAUUGAUUGCAGAACAGGAGCAUAGUAGUAAAUUACGUCAUCCCCACUUGCUGCAGCUGAUGGCCGUAUGUUUGUCUCAGGAUUUGGAAAAAACUCGUCUGGUAUACGAGAGGAUUAAUAUUGGCUCCCUCUACAGCAUUCUUCAUGAAAGGCGUUCCCAAUUUCCUGUGUUACACAUGGAGGUAAUUGUGCAUUUACUGCUUCAGAUUAAUGAUGCACUAAGAUAUUUGCACUCCAGAGGAUUUGUGCACCGCUCGCUCAGUUCUUAUGCUGUCCAUAUCGUGUCAGCAGGGGAAGCAAGACUGACCAACUUGGAAUACAUGAUAGAAAGUCAGGAUGGAAGUGUCCACAAGGACCUGACUCGUGUUCCCAUACCUAAUGUACUGUACAGUUGGUCAGCUCCAGAGGUAAUCUUGCAGAAGGGUGCUACAGUCAAAUCAGAUAUCUACAGCUUUUGUAUCAUCAUACAAGAGAUAUUAACAGAUACCUUACCCUGGAAUGGUUUGGAAGGUUCAGUUAUUAAGGAAUCUAUAGUUUUGGGGAAUCAUUUAGAAGCCGAUGCCAGACUUCCAAAAACUUACUAUGAUAUUGUUAAGACAGGCAUACAAGUCAAACAAAAAGAUCGGACUAUGAAUCUUCAAGAUAUUAGAUAUAUUCUAAAGAAUGACUUAAAGGAUUUAAUUGAGGCCCAAAGAACCCAUCCAGUUGAAAAUUCAAGUGUUGAAAGAUGUAAAAAGCAUCCUGACAUAAAUAUUUACUUAGGUAUGACAUCAGAAAGUCAGAGAGAGGCCCUUGAUUUGGAAGUCCGGGAGCUGAAGGAAACAGGCUGUCAGCCCGAUUCACCACAACACCACUCAGCUCUACCUGAGAAAGCAGCACUGGAUGGUGAGGUAUUAAAUCGCAGUGUGACAGCAAAGGAAAUGGAGAGUCAUGAUACUGCAUCUGAAUUGGCUAGGGCUUGUAGCCCAAGUUGUGGAGAUGAGAGCCUCUGUAGUUUUGAAAUAAAUGAAAUCUAUUCAUGUUACUUGGAUAUGUGCGAUGACGAUUUGGGAGAAAUUACAUCAGAUAUUUCUUUAGGAGAUGGAAAAAACCGAGGGGAAAGAGUUAAGUCCAUGACUGGAGAAUCGCCUGAAAGAGACAAAGGUGCCCUCUUUGAUUAUGAUGAUAUUACUGCUUCUGAAGUGGGCAUGGAGUCAUCCUCUGAGCAGUGGCAGCCUCUCAGUGACACCUUCAGUUCUCACAUAGAAGAGGUGUCCAAGGAAACCAAGCCAGAUGUGAGUAGCAAGUCCAGAACUGAGCAGUAUAUCAGUAAAUGUGUUCUUAACUUGAAGAUCUCUCAGACCUUAAUGCAGCAGGUGACUGAAUCCCUACAAAAUGCAGAACAGAAGAUAGUCAAACUAGAGGCAGUGAGAAAGCAACAGGAACAGCACAUCUCAUGGCCUGUCCUAAGACUCUCUGCAAGGGGUCAUGAUGCAUCGGCCAUGUGGGUUGCCAUUGGACCCCCAGCAAACCGCUACAUCCCUCCUUCUUUACAAAUACCAGUAGAGCAGCCCAGUUGUGUUGACCGUUUCCAGAACCUGGUGAAGACAAUUCGAGCAGUGAGAGAAUUCCAGAGCAUGAAUCUGGGCAACGCUGGCCAAAGGAAUAAGAGAAAAGGCAGUCACAGAUGGAAGUCUUUUGAGUCUGUCCCUGAAGAAAGUAUUGGAGACCAGCCUGAAAAGAACUACCAGACAUCAUCGUUUUGUGGAGCUAAUAGACAGAACAUAAAUAUUAAGUCACAGUACCCACAAGGAGAUGACAAGAUUUUGGAAAGUACUACCAGAAACCAAGAUAUAGUCAGGAUGAAUGCAGAGUCAAUAUCAUCGGAAUUCUGUAACCCAAAGACAAGAAAUGAUGACAGUAUAGAGGCACGAUUAAAAUGGACAACUGAAGUGAAGGAAAUGGCUGAAAAAGCAGCUAGUGGACAGCUUGGAAGUCUACUUUGGUAUCCUCUGAACAAUCAUACUUCAGACAGUGAGACAGAAAAUGAUUUUGAAUCCAUGCAGCAGUCUCCUAGGGAAUCACAGAGUACUGACUGCCAUCAGACUGAUCCUCUCAGAGAUCAAGAUGAUCCAGGCAGAAAAGACCAGUGUGAGAAAACCAUUCACAAUGACUCAGAGAGUGAAGACAGUGAAGGGGAGACCAGAUUCCAAAAUUUAACAGGCACAAGACACAACUUACCAAGAAAGAAAAAGCAGCCAGACAAUGGAGGAGCCUUUCAAAAGAAUUCUAACUCUCCUGAAGGAAUUGAGAAGCUCAGUAGUGAGCAUUCCAUGGAAUCACUUUAUUCAGUAGAUUCUUCUGAAGAUGUAACAGAUGAAUUUUUAACCCCUGAUCAUGAUUACUUUUAUACCCCAGCUGUUCAAGAACAUUUGGAAGUUAAGAUGACAGUUAAGUCCCAGACCUUAAGUCAUGAGGCUGAUGUCUUAGAAGUCACACAAGGAGUUUGUGAUGUACAAAAACAAGACUCUGAUAAUAUGUGCUCAGGUAGAGAAAAGUUUCAAGUGAUUGAAAAAAUCCUUGGAAAUAAGUCUGAGUGUAUGACAGAACUUCAGUUCACACCCAUAAGUUUUAGAGAAGAAGAAACAAAAGAACCCUCAAAAGAAUUGAAAGAGGAGGAUAUAUCAUUAAUAGAUAUUCAGGAAUUGUCCAGUAUCUCAUGGGGAAAAGGAGGCUCUUGUAAGGAAAUACCCUGCAAAACACCCAAAACAAGCCACGGACCAACCAAUGUCAGCACUCCACUCAGCCCAAUAGGGGCAGCUUCAUCAAGCAUCAGUCUGUAUAAAGACUAUUCUUCCCAACCUAAAGUCCAGGAGACCUCUUGCUGGGACAGCCAGGAGUCCAUUAGGACAAUGUCAAAUACGUUCACAACAGCCAGCGGCAAAAAGGGCUGGACCACCAAUUCUCUCUCCUUCCCCUCUGAAAUGCCUUCCUUUGGAUUGACCACCCCAUUGCAGGGUAGUUUGUCCAUAUUCAGUGGACCUGGUUCUUCCAUCACCAAGGCCAAAGCAGAAUCUGAGAAAUUUUUUCCUACCGCUCAGCAAAGCAGACUACAGAAAGUCUUUAAAGAGAUAGCAGAUUCUUCUUCACCAGAUUGUAUUGAUGAACUACCCCCACCUUCCCAGGAACUCCUUGAUGAAAUAGAGCACUUGAAGCAGCAAAGUGCUUCUUCCUCAGUGUUGGGUGAGAAUAGGUCAAGUUCCUGUGAUCUGACAUUAAAUGAUCAAAGACAUUUAGAAGAAAAAAUCAUUGAGAAUAAAGGAGAAGAUGGCAGUAUACUUUGGACCAAAGAAACUCUGUACCUAACAGAAGAGACAGAUAGGGCUCACUCUACACUGGAUGAGGACUUGGAAAGAUGGCUACAGCCAUCUGAGAAGAGCAAGGAAUUCCAAGAAGGUCUUACAGAAAGCUCUGCAAGGGAGACAAGUAUAACUGAUCAAGAAGUUGGUGACAAGAAGAAAAAGGGGGGAGAAAGGGCCAAGGCAGAGAGAAGGAAACCAGACAGCUUUUCUGGGAGUCCUGAAGAUCAGGAAGAACUGAAACCUGGUUUGUGGCAUCGCCUGGGUUGGAGCCAACCAUCGAGGAUAAUCGUUCUGGAUCAGAGCAACACCUCAGACUAAUCUGAGUUCGAUAAUAGCUAAGUUUCCGGUAUGUUUUUAUGUUCUCCCUGUUGCAUGCUCCCUGCCUCUGGUUGGCCACAAUCUUCAUGACCCUCAUCAAAUCCUCCUACAGUCGACUUGCACUUGCCUUCCCCUUAUAAUAACAGACAUGAAGGGGUAUGCCUAGAUCCACUUGCUAAUGCCUAGAGUCUUGAUCUUUAGUCUUGUUUUACUGGUGAGAGAGUUUGGGAUAUAAAAGUUUCUUUGUGGGCCUGUAAAUUUGAUCCAGUGGUUUGGCAGUGGCUUGUUUUAUUAUGGUGGGAUGAACCAAACAUUUUCUGUUGGUUGAUGUGUAAUAAAUGUUCCUUCUCUUAGACCAUUCUGGUUUCCGUUGUGUAAGAUGCUACUGCUGUGCCUGCCUCUUCUAGUUACUUCAGGUACCAGAGUGGACACGUGGACUAUGCAAGGGCUCCAACACAAAGAAAACCCUUCAAUUUGUAUUUUAGAGAUUGUCAGAGGAUAACAAUAUUUGGCUAUAGAUCCGUGUAGAAAAUGAGAAUCAGCAUUUUGUAAUUUUGCUUUUGUUCUGAGUCAUUGCUCAUAUUCUUACACUGGUUGUCUCAAGUUCAGGUUGGUACCCACCUACAAGGAAAAAGGCUCAGUGCCAUACCAUUUGCAACCUUGGGGGUGGAAUGGGGGGAGUUGGGGGGAUAUUGAAGGAAGAUAUUACAGGAGAGGGGAUGGAGCUCCUCAAAAAGAAAGGCAUUGAGAUGUGAGGUGUUUCAGCACUGGACAGCUCAUAUCAUUAGUGUCAAAGGGGUGAGCUUUUGAAUGAUAAGUAGGGUAAGGUAAAGUCCCCAUCAUUUAUUGUAAUUCACUUUCCUGGGUAGUGGUACCUUGGGGAUAAAGGUGCCUAGACUAGGCAUAUGUUAUUAGAGGAUGGUGUUGCCUUGACUUGUUUCCCAUUUAUGUUUGAAUAUAAACUGUCAACAACAUUGAUCACAGACUUGACUUGUAACAACUGAGUUGUAAAGUUGGACAGAUUCACGGAGCUUCCAGAGUUUGGAUGCUACAAAGAGGCAGUUAUGAGUACAAAAUAAAUGGAAGAUUUUUAUGCAAGAAA